UGAAAACAAAUAUCUACGUGUUUAAAGUCAUCUCUCUUGAAAGCUAUACAAAAUUUAGAUUUUAAAUUUACACCUUAACAAAAAAAUGAAAAUUCAAAGAACAUGGUAUUUAACUUAGGACCCAUUUGUUGCGAUUCACCAUCGGGUUCGUCAAGUUCAACCAAAAUUUUUUGCAAUGAAAAUCAGAACAGAUGCAGCCCUUUUCGUUGUCAUUGCUGUUGCCAUGGUUCUUCAUUGAAUGACCAUACCUAUUCGUUGCUUAAAAGGAUUUGUCAUAAAAUUAUAAAGAGUUAUAACCGCCAACAAUGUCGAGAGAAGUAUACAGUCUUCGAAGGAGGCAAUAGUACAAACAUUCGACCACAUCGAUCAGAAUCAUUUGACGAAUAUGGAUCCCGUGAAAGAAAAGAUGGUAAGCUACAUGGAAGGGAGAAAAAUCGCCUUUCCCGUGAGGGAGGAGAGGGUAGCAAGCAUAAUGAAAGGCGUAAAGACAAAGGAAAGAAACGUGGUGAUGAUAGCGAUUCCUUGACAAACUCGAGGAAGGACAAGAAUCGUGGAGCCAACAAAGGUGACAGUGGAAAGAGAGCGGGUAGUAAGCAGACGAAAAGCAAUGAUAAAGAGGAUGGCGAUAAGAAAGGAUCAUCCAAUAAAAACCGAAAAGAAAAAGACACUGCCGGAGAUGUAAAAGACGAGUCUUCUAGGAAAUCUAAAAAUAAGUCCGGAAAAGAUGAUGAUGCAAAAAGAGAGUCUUUGAAAAAGAAAUCUCAGAAACCUGGUAAAAAUGAUGCUGCUGAUGAGGCGAAAGCCCAAGCACUGGCAAAGGCGAAAAAAGGAGCUUCGGCGAAAGAUGAUGAUAACGCAAAAAAAGAAGCUACCAAUAAACCCAAGAAAGAUGGCGGUAAUGAAGAUUCAUCAAAAAAAAUGGCCGAUAAAAAGGAAUCUAGUGAUGGAAAACGUAAGUCCGCAACUAAUAAGGAUGACGAUGGCGAUGCUAAAGAUAAAGAUAAAGACAAAUCUAAGAAUAAAUCCGAUAAACCUGGAGGAAAAGAAGCAACUGAAGCUGAUAAAGGGAAGACUGGGCUCAAGAAAGACCAUAAUGACGAUGGCGAUGACAAAGCUAAGAGUAAAUCGAAGGAUAAACCAGAAUCAACUGAAAAAGCUGGAGGCAAGGACUCUGGCGAUGACAAAGCUAAGAGUAAAUCGAAGGAUAAACCAGAAUCAACUGAAAAACCUGGAGGCAAGGACUCUGGCGAUGACAAAGCUAAGAGUAAAUCGAAGGAUAAACCAGAAUCAACUGAAAAAGCUGGAGGCAAGGACACUGGCGAUGACAAAGCUAAGAGUAAAUCGAAGGAUAAACCAGAAUCAACUGAAAAAGCUGGAGGCAAGGACACUGGCGAUGACAAAGCUAAGAGUAAAUCGAAGGAUAAACCAGAAUCAACUGAAAAAGCUGGAGGCAAGGACUCUGGCGAUGACAAAAGUAAAUCUGAUAAAAAGAAGGAUCGCGCUGGCGACGAUGCCGAUGACAAAGAUAAAGCCAAAUCUAAAAAUAAACGUGGAUCGUCUGACAAACCUGGGGGAAAGGAUACAGAAGAUAAUGGCGAUGAUAAAACAAAAGCCAAAUCUAAGAAUAAACAAGGUGAAACAGAAACAGAUGAAAACAAAAAUAAACAGGGAAAAGGUAAAAAGACUUUGCCAGACGAAAAAGAUGCUCAAGCUUCGGCGGGGAAAUCUAAAAAAGAUGGCGAAAAGGGUGAAAAAACAGACACAGACAAUAAAGUGGCAACAGACUCCGGAAAAGGUAAAAAACCGGAUGAAACCGAUAAGGGGAAAAAACAGAAAGGAGGCGCGGGACAAAACAAAUCUGAUCGUUUUGCAGAAAUCGAAGAUAAGUCCAGUGGCUACGAUAUCAAAAUUAAAGACAAGAACAAAGGCGGUAAAACUGACCAGAGUAAUGCAAAAAAUAAAGAUGAUGUUGGCAAAGAUAAAAAGAAACCCAAAACGGAUGAUGGUGGUGAUCCAGCAAAGGAAGGCAAAGAUAAGUCUAAGAACAAAAAGGCUAUUACAGAUGAUUACAAAAACCAAGGGGCUAAAGGCAAAGGUCGAGAUGAUUCUGAUCGGCAGCAGUCACAGAAAAAUAAACGAAGAUCAAAAUCUGAAGGAGCAAGAAGAGCAUCUAGCGAUGGUGGCACUAAAAGGGGGGACAGUCCAUCCCGUGGCCGGUUUGGUAUCAAGGGACCAAAAAGCUCACAGGACCCAAGAUCAAGCAGAAGUAAUUUGUAUUAUCGAAGAAACCUUCGGUCUAGUCGCUGCGAUGAAGUUCGGCCGUGUGAUGUCCUACGGGCCCAAUUGGAACAGCGCGAUCUUCUUUGCAGAUGCAUCCCGUGUCGUCCAUGUGCACAACCCGCUGAAGUCUGCAGACCUUGCACGCCUGGCUGUGCUCCAUUCGAGUGUUGUGUAUCUGGUACGCCAUGUUAAACCUAAAAUUUAGUAUUUUUUUUUAUUUUAAAUCUCCUGUGUAUUUCAA